GUGUGUCCUUCCCCAGGGGUGUGUGUGUGUGUGAGAGAGAGAUAUCUUCGUCCACGAUGCAUUCACUUCUCCCUCUCAGCCUGUAUUGCAUCAGCCUCCUGUGCCUCCAGCUUCACGCGCUCCCGCUGGGAAACAGGUUGGAAUUCAAGACGAUCUUACAUCGACUGAGAGAAGGAAGCACUGUCUUCCCUGACUCUGAUCCAUCCUCUGAUGAUCCCACCAAUGCCCCAGCUGUACCUUUGGACAGAACGUCUUUAUGGAGAGCCUUACUCUAUAAAAACCCACCUCCACUGUCUAAGGAAUCGACGAAUGCUGACAAACCAACCGCCAAUUCUGUUGGGCGUGGAACGGAGUCAAAUCAGAGAAGCUCCAGAGGUCGGCGCAAUGCCUAUGUUCGGGGUCAUCAUCACCAACACGGCCAGCUGAUGCGUGUCGGGUGUAUCCUGGGUACGUGCCAGGCCCAGAAGCUCAGCCAUCGCCUCUACCAGCUGGUCGGCCAGACCGGACGUGAAGACUCAGCUCCUAUAAACCCAAAUAACCCGCAUAGUUAUGGAUGAUCUCCAGAGAGGCUACGACCCAAACCGAAACCCCAACAAAACAGCUCUACUUGCAUACGAUCGCUAUUUUUUCCAGUAGUCUUAGAUUGUCAAAUUUUCUCUUUUUCCUUUCCACUUGUGCUUUGAGUUUUCAUGAUGCAUAAAUUAAAAGUGCCUUUUUUGAGAAGAAAGGAUCUGGUGUUACUGAUAUACAUGACUAGUUACUGAUAUACAUGGCUAAAACACUUUUUUUCUGGACCUCUUUACACAAAAAAAAAACCAAGGUCUUUCCUUGUCUUUGGCCUCAAAUUGGAUGUCUUCAGUUCCUGAUGUCCUGAGACAUUCUGACAUUGUAAUCCCUUUAAUUCCUUCUGCGUAAAAAGUGCCACGCUGGAUUUUUUGGACCUCGUCUGUGAUGCUAAGUGUCCUCUCAUCAUCGACAAAGAGGAGGAUUUCACUUAAGGUUACAUUAUAUAUUAGAAUAUAUUUAUCAUAGUGAGUAGAAGUUGAAUCCUUUUGAGUUGAAGACCACCAGCCCACCAUGUCAAGAACCUCACAUCUCUUGUUGCUCUCUUUAGAACCUCAGAAAAGAAAUUUUGCUUGAAAAAAAGAUGACAUCACCUCAUCUUGAUUCCAUUCUCCUGCAUAAAUCAUGGGCAAUUGGUUGUGGCCACUAAGGUAUUGUUUUUGCUGUAACACACAAUGAAACAUUGAAACAGAAUAUCACUGCUGUGGCUCAGCUUUUUUAUUAUCCUUGGACUGAUAUUAGUUAACACAUUCAUGAAUAGUGACGUGACGAUAAAACCUCGAGCACCAUUUAACGAGCUGGUCAUAAUCCCUUCGGCCCUUUCCUACUAGAACCCUGCUGAGCUUAGCGUCAUAAACAAACGAUGGCUUCAUCCCAAGCAUUUCCUAACAGGCGAUUAAAACACACAGGUUUGGACAGACACCAAUCAAACGCACCCUUGCUGAUGUCAUUCGUAACUUACAACGUGAAAAAAACGGCAUCAUUCUUGCAAUUAAUUGCUAGUUUAAAUACAAUAUAAUGCCUCUUUUAAGAAAUCUUUAGAGUCCCCUGCACAGCCAGCCAGAUAUCUUAAAACGAAGAAAACAAGAGCAUUUCUACUGUUGCACUAAUUAUAAGACUACAGUUUUACCAAAAUCUAAGACAAGAGUGCGCCAGAUCUGCAAUGACAUGAAUGCUCCAGAAACGCUCGUUAUAUAUAUUUUAAAGCUCCUGUUUUUUUUUGCAUAAUGAUUGUGUCUCAAGCCUUGGACGUAGUGCUCACCCCGAAAUUACUCUGUCUGUGCCUUUCAGGAAUAAAUAGACCAGACCUGAAAAUGGACUGUUGUUUAAAGCCACGUUAAGUCCAUAACCAAAGUAAUCUCAAAUGCGUCGUGAAAUAUCCUGCUGACAAAUUCAAUCCAACAAGAUUAGAGAUCAGAUCAUGUGUUUACAUUGUGUUCAUUUACUGUUCAAACUUGACAGUUUAACUUUAAAAAAAAAAAAGAAGAUUUUUACAGCGAAUUUUAUCUUCGUCCUACGAUCAUUCCUAGACGCCGACGAUCUACUUAAAACCUGAUGAUACUUGACGUUUUAUUUAAAUUUCUUGAUUUGCAUCACACUGUAAUUUACUGUUUUUAUUUUUUAUUUUUAAAUCACCAAUCUGCCUGUAAUAUUUAAGUAGAAGGGCUAUAUGAUCAUUCUAACGGCUUUGUGUAAUCCUGAAUGUGUGUUUUAAGGCUCUCUGAUCCCCACGACUGCUCACUCUGCUGUAAUCGAUUAUCACUUACUCCUGUCUCGUUAUCACUGAUCAUUAAAAUGCUUUCAAAAACGCUGAGAACCUGGUGAAUCUGUAGCUUUUUUAAAGAGCUAAUCGGUGAGAGUGUUCUUUAAUCCGUCCAAACCUGUUUUUUUUUUGUUUGUUUGUAUGUUUUCACUUGGUUUUAUUUGUUGUGUUUUAUUUAUUUAACGUAGACGACUAGCUGGAAGAUUUGUAGUGACGUGGAGGUUUGGCGUAAUCGCCGCGUCACAGCGUGACGUUGAUCAUUCCCCAUGUGCAUCGGAGUUUGUGUGAAAACAGCGUGCCUAUCAUAGCAGCGUAGUUUGAGGACCUUUGCCCUGAAUCUGCAGGACUCUGAGAGAGGUUAUCACUGAUGUCUGUUCAGGUUCAGGGCACGAUCACACUCCAAAAUCGCAUGUUUCACUGUAUUACGAUGAGGUCAGUUGGUAUUUUAACCAAAACACGAAGCACUUUAUAGCAGGAAUAUAUGUUUUCAUGUCUUAACUUGAACCGUAAAAUGAUGUAACUAAAUUAUGAUCUAUGAAACUUGAUAUGUGUUAAGUACAUCUGUGUGUUAAGUGUGUAUGAAACGUCACUUUCAUGUAUAUGUACACUUUGUGAAUAUUAUUAUUAGUUCUAUUAUUUAAGUCAUGUAUUUAUGCAUUUUGUAUGUGAACUCGUUAUUUAUCUUCGCAUAGGAAAUUGAGAGCGUCCAUGAAGAAAAGGCCUUCUUUAGUUACAGUGUUUUCUACUUUAUAAUGUUCUACAUUUUGUGUGAAAUAAAGCAUUUUGAUGCAGUAUGA